AUGAAACGGAGUAUCAGACUAUGUCGCGGGCCCUAUAAUGUGUUCAGCGUCGACUAUUUACGCCUCCCUAAGAAUAUCUGGCCUCAAGAGUGGGCAGUGGGCAAUAUUUCCUGGUACGUUCAACUCAACCAAGACCCUGGAGAAUAUACUGAUUAUACAGGGGGUGGUGGCGGCGUAGGUAUCCAAGGUGUCCAGCUCGCCGCAGCAAUGGGUAUGAGGCCAGUUGUGGUUGAUACCGGGGACGAGCGAGAAGCUCUGUCGAAGCAAUACGGGGCAGAGUACUUUUUUGAUUUCCAGAAAGUGGAUCCCGUUAAAGCUGUGUUGGAUCUGACAGGUGAUGGGGGUCAUGGUGUAUUCGUCACCGGCGUCCAGGCCUAUCCGGUCGCUCUCCAGUACAUUGGUCAGCUCAAAUUACAACCUGAUGUUGUAGGAAGGUCCAAAUUCAAUGAAGCCAUACAGAAGCUGAGGAAUGGUCAAGUUGCCGGUCGCAUGGUUGUAGAUUUCAAUAUAGAUUAG